AUGUCGGUCGACGUCACAAAAUCUGUGCACUCUCUAGUUCUGGACUCAGGACCAAUUAUUAAGAAUGAAACCUCCGCCUCUACACUUUUAAGUCUUGCUGAAACCCUCUACACUAUACCAGCAGUGAUAGAAGAAAUUCGUGACGCAGUUACCCGAGCCCGGGUUGAGAGUUUGCUGCUUCCAUUUCUUACUAUUCGCUCUCCUCGUCCUGCCAGCAUAAAGACUAUUCAUGAAUUUGCGCGAAAAACCGGCGAUCUCGAGGUACUUAGUCGAACAGAUAUACAUCUCGUAGCUCUCGCAUACGAGCUCGAAUGCGAGAGAAAUCAUGGCGAUUGGCGUUUACGAAGCAUACCAGGGCAAAAAAGAUUAAAUGGAUCUCCACCAGCUAGCCUCAAUGGAAGUCCUCAACAACCUAUCACUAGUACUUCAGAAAAUACCUUGUCCGAGACCGAUAGUCAAAUUAGCCCCCAGACCGCAACUGAUGACCAAUAUAUUGACCGGGCUGAACCCCAAAAUAGAUCAGAGCAGACAGGCCUAGAGGAGAUCCUCGAAAAGACUCACGUCUAUGAAAUAAGAAGCCCUGUAUACUCACAUAGGACAAAUACCAAUUUAGAGGUUCCAAAAGUGUCAUCUUCUCAAACUUCAGAGCCAGUCCUUCAGCCGAUAUCCGAACUUGACGAUGCAUCAGAUGGAGAGGGCUGGAUCACACCAUCGAACAUCAAAAAGCAUCAAAAACUUGAUGAGUCAUCGAAUGUUUCGCCAACAACCGUACCAAAGAUUAUGCAGGCUGCGAUAAUAACUACCGACUAUGCUAUGCAAAAUGUUAUUCUACGCAUGAACCUUAACCUGCUCUCUUUGUCACUUCAAAGAAUCUCACAGCUCAAAUCAUGGGUCUUGAGAUGUCACGGCUGUUUUAGUAUCACAAAAGAUAUGAAUAAGCAGUUUUGUGGUAGAUGUGGAAAGCCUACUCUUCUACGAACUGCUUGUUCCACAGACAAGGAGGGAAACUUCAAAAUAUAUCUAAAGAAAAAUAUGCAAUGGAGUACAAGAGGAAAUGUGUACAGUAUUCCGAAGCCCGUCGCAGGAACUUCAAACGGGAAAAAUAUUGUUGGCGGAGGAAAAAGCGGAUGGGGAAACAGUCUUAUCCUCGCAGAAGACCAAAGGGAGUAUAUCAGAGCGGUUACAAAGGAACGAAGAAGCAAAGACAGAGAUUUGAUGGACGAAGAUUACUUACCCUCUAUUUUAUCUAGAGACCGUGGCGAUAGAUUACGAGGCAAGCCAAAAGUUGGUGCUGGGAGAAACGUGAACUCGAAGAAAAGAAGAUGA